AUUAUUAUUGUGUUUUUCUACAGGAGCCCAUUUCUCGGUUUGUCGAAGGCCAGAUUAUCGUCGAUUUCCGCUCCUCCUUGUCUGAUGUCUGUGACGUUCUUUCGUCAUUGGAUAUCGCCAUUGGUUUUCUUGCUUCGUCAGGUGGCCAAACCGAGAGACCUUUAAAAUGGUACUUACAUGAAGUACUUAAGUUACCCAAAGAACGCGGACUCAAGAGCCCAACAGCAGAGCAGCACUGCAACCUGACUCACACCUUGGCGUUAUGGCGGCUCAUGGCCCUAGAGAAAGCGAAAAUCAAGUCUAGGAACAAUCAGGAGCCAUUUGAGCAAAUGCCUGACAUUUUCAAGGGAAGACUGAGCUCAAGCGACCUGGCGCACCUAAAUCGCGUAUUGCGAAAAAUCGACAUGGACUUAUUUUUACCACAACUCCUGGAAAUGAUUCUUCUGAAUGUUCAAAAAGAUGGUGAAAAUAUUUCAACCAUGAGUUUUGCAGAGUACUUGGAUCUGUGCUUGGCGGAUAAAGGUUUAGAACAAAUUCCAGGAACCGAGGACAUUCCUGACAAUAUCCAAAUGAAGCACUUGAAAGCUGUCUGGAACUCCGCUGUACAGUUAAGUGACGACUUUCACCAAGAGCGUCUCGCAGCUACUGAUUGAGGAGCAGUACCUCGAGGUUCAAGAAAUUGGAGCAGCGUGUUCUGAGAAAUCAGCAAAAAAAAACUGGUCUUAUCGGCCAAAGUCAUUUUGCAAUCUUAUCAUAGAGAUAAGAGUAGCAUUUCUGGCAGUUGUUAGCUUAAUAGGUUAUAGUAUAAGUUGCUGCAUUGAUACUAAAUAUGUAGAGCAUUUUUCACUUCAGUGCCGAAAGUACAGUAAUUCAACACUGACGACACACCCAGAAAAUCGCUUUGGCUUGAUGUAUGCUUAGAGUAAGACCAGAUGGCUUAUUGUUAGUGUUAGUUACAGUAUUGUCGAUAGAUACAGCGAGAUGCAAAUGCAUCAAGCGCACUUUCUGAGUAAGCCAAUGUAAUUUUUUCCUUUUUUCUUGUUUAAUUCUUUGACGCAGACAAAAUGCUGUAUUAAGUUCCAUUUUUUGAAGCUCGCGGUGAAAAACAUAAGCAUAACAUUUUAUUUCCAUUCUUUCUAGCCUUGAAUUGUUGUUAAUGUUUGAGUAUAGCGCUUUCCAAUAAAGGAUAGAAAAACAUGAAUUAAACUGACUGUCAGAAAAGUGGCCGUCACUCAAUUACUCCUUCCCAAA